AUGGCUGUUGCGUCGAAUCUCGGGGACUUUGUCCAGCGGUUUCGGGAUAUCCAGCAGCAGAGGGAUGCUUCGGACCCGGCUGGCUCGGGACGUCCUGAUGUACUGCGACAAGCUCGAGUCGGCCCCUUUCGCCACCAAAGCCAAAAGCUCGCCGACGAGCUGCAAGACUGCAAACGCGAGAACCGCAAUCUGCAGACCCGACUCUCCGACAGCGAAGCUCGGGCCGACCGGUACGCAAGGCAAAACGAGGAGCUAAGGGGCCGCAACGGCUACGUUCUGGUCGCCAUCGAUGGCAACGGUCUGCUGUUCCGCGACCUGUGGAUCAAGCAAGGCGUCGAGGGCGGGAAGAAGGCGGACGCCAUCGCCGCCCACUGCGGCGCGCGCGCAGACGAUGUCGAGAUUGUCGCAAAAGUCGUGGCCAACUUUGGCGGCCUGGCCAAGUCGCUGGGGCGGGACCUGGCCGACGUCAGGGACUUUGCCCUGGGCUUCACGCAAGCCGAGGCUGCGUUUGACUUUGUCGACGUUGGCUACGGCAAGGACUGCGUCUCUUCCAAGGUCAAGGAUACCGUCAAGUGGCACAUGAGCAACCACAGCUGCAGACACGUCCUGAUGGGCAUCGCGCCCGACGCCGCGUACGCCUCGUUCCUGGACGACCUGGCCGAGCAGGACGGCAGGCGCCGGCGGCUCUCCAUCCUGCACGGCUCCCCGGCCGCGGCAGACCUCGCAGCCAGCAGCAGCAGCAGCAGCGCCAGCGCCAUCGCCACGACGGACCUGGGACGAGACGUCUUCCGCAGCGACAGGCUCGCCGACAGGGCCGCCGCGGCCUGGCCGACGGGCGCCUGGGCUGCCGGCCCGCGAACCGCCAGCCCCGCCAGCAGCCCCGGCCCGCGCGGCCUGGACGAGCCCAUCACCGUCAGCGUCGCCGCCCUGGACAGCGUCAAGAAGCGCCGGGAGGCGGACAGGCUGUGCAACAACCACUUCCUGCGGGGGCCGUGCGCCAAGGGCGACUCGUGCUUCUUUGUGCACGACUACAGGCCCAGCGGGGAGGAGCUCAAGGCCAUUGCCGUGUUGGCGCGGCAGAACCCGUGCGCCAGUGGGCAGGAGUGCGAUUCCGACGAGUGUAUAUACGGGCACCACUGUCCCAGCAUCCGCGACGGCCUCUGCAUACAUCCCCUCUGCAAGUUUCCCGAGGACGCCCACCCCCCCGGGACGAGGUUCAAGAACCCCAAUAUCAAAGCCAACUGA